AUGGUUUUCUUUAAAUGCGGCGUUUCUCUAAUAUCCAAGCUGCGGUCACGCGCUGUUCAACAGCCUAGCCUCCGAGAUUCAGUGCGCUGGCUUCAAGUCCAGACCUCCUCUGAUCUUGACCUUCAUUCCCAGCUCAAAGAAUUGAUUCCAGAACAGCAGGAGCGUCUGAAGAAACUCAAGUCAGAGCAUGGAAAGGUUCAGCUGGGGAACAUAACUGUUGAUAUGGUUAUUGGUGGAAUGAGAGGAAUGACUGGAUUAUUAUGGGAAACAUCAUUACUUGAUCCAGAAGAGGGAAUUCGCUUCCGGGGUUUAUCUAUUCCUGAAUGCCAGAAGGUAUUACCUGCAGCAAAGCCUGGUGGAGAACCAAUGCCUGAGGGCCUCCUCUGGCUUCUUUUAACGGGAAAGGUACCUACAAAAGAGCAAGUAGAUUCGUUAUCAAAGGAAUUGAGAAGUCGUUCUACCAUCCCAGAUCAUGUUUACAAAACCAUCAAUGCCUUACCUGUUAAUGCUCAUCCAAUGACACAGUUUGCCACUGGUGUGAUGGCCCUUCAGGUUCAAAGUGAAUUCCAAAAGGCAUAUGAAAAGGGAAUCCAUAAAUCAAAGUACUGGGAACCAACAUAUGAGGACUCCCUAAAUUUGAUUGCUCAAGUUCCAGUUGUAGCUGCUUAUGUCUAUAGAAGGAUGUACAAGAAUGAACAAGUUAUACCAAUGGAUGAUUCCCUAGAUUAUGGUGGAAAUUUUGCACACAUGCUGGGAUUUGAUAGUCCCGACAUGCUAGAGCUUAUGAGGCUUUAUUUGACCAUACACAGUGAUCAUGAAGGCGGGAAUGUUAGUGCUCAUACUGGUCACCUAGUCGCCAGUGCACUUUCAGAUCCUUAUCUCUCAUUUGCUGCUGCACUAAAUGGAUUAGCUGGUCCACUUCAUGGUUUGGCUAAUCAGGAAGUCUUACUAUGGAUUAAAUCUGUGGUAGAGGAGUGUGGAGAGAAUGUUACUAAAGAAAACUUGAAAGACUAUGUCUGGAAAACAUUGAACAGUGGCAAGGUUGUUCCUGGAUUUGGACACGGAGUUUUGCGCAAGACAGAUCCAAGAUACACAUGCCAGAGAGAGUUUGCACUGAAGCACUUGCCAGAUGAUCCGCUAUUCAAACUGGUUUCAAAUCUUUAUGAAGUAGUGCCUCCAAUACUCUUAGAACUUGGCAAGGUUAAAAACCCUUGGCCCAAUGUAGAUGCCCACAGUGGAGUGUUGCUCAACCAUUAUGGAUUAACUGAAGCAAGAUACUACACUGUUCUCUUUGGUGUAUCAAGGGCAAUCGGUAUUUGCUCGCAGCUUAUAUGGGACCGAGCUCUUGGAUUGCCACUUGAGAGGCCAAAGAGUGUUACGAUGGAAUGGCUUGAAAAUUAUUGCAAGAAAGCCGCUUAA